AUGAAGAUCACCGCACUCGUCGUCGCCACGGCCCUCGCUGCAACGAGCGUUGUCGCUACUGAUACGCCAGCUCUACGGGCUCUGGCUGAUGCGCCCGAGGCCGAUGUGCAGCCCAAUGCUGACGUCCCGCUGGAAGGUGUCGACCAGCAGGAGUGGUGGGGCCGCCCAGGAUGGGGACGUCCUGGCUGGGGCUGGGGACGCCCAGGUUGGGGGCGUCCUGGUUGGGGCUGGGGACGCCCUGGUUGGGGCUGGGGAAAGCGUCGUUGGUGCCAAAAUCUGCCACGUCGCGCGCAAUUAACCUUGGCCAAAGACGACAUAGUAUCCGACGACAUCUCCAAAUGCCAAGAGCACGACUGUAUGAUGUUGUCGCGUGCAAUCUCGAUUACGGAACAUGCCAUCGAGUGA